AUCAAAAACCCAAAGUCACCGACUGACCGCUCCAGCCAAUCAGUUUCACGACCGGGUUCCCGUUGCCGAUUCCGCUUAUAAAAGCCCCUCUUUGACCUCACUUUCCUCAGAUUCUCGACUCCUGCUAGUGCUAAGCUCACUGUUUGCUAGGGUUAGGGUUUUUGACGAAUUACGAUUUGCCCAGGAAGCGGAAAUGGGGAGAGGGAAGGUGCAACUGAAGCGAAUCGAGGACAAGAUCAGGCGCCAAGUGACCUUCUCGAAGAGAAGGACUGGGCUGAUGAAGAAGGCUCGCGAGCUCUCUGUCCUGUGCGGCGUCGAGGUUGGGCUCAUCAUCUUCUCCGCCAAAGGGAGGCUGUACGAGUUCUGUAGCGGCGAUAGCUUAGGAAAUGUUCUCGAGCGUUACCAGAUACAUACUGAGGAGGAAGUUGCUGUUUCCAAGAAUUCCAAGCAUCAUUUGGAAUUUCCUGGUAAUGAUGCAUGCACUACGAAGUCCCUGAAAAUGAUGCAAAGUGAACUAGAGGCACAGAACAUCGAAAAUCUGGAUGUGACAGAGCUUACUCAACUUGAGAAGCAACUGGAAGCAGUUUUAAGACAAACAAGAUCAAGAAAGAUGCAGCUCAUGAUGGAAACCAUAGCAAGUCUCAUUGAGAAGGGAAAGAAGCUGGAAGAAGAUAAGGAUCAUAUGGAACAACAGAUUGCAGCACUGAUGGUGGAGAAGGCGAAGCACCAGGAAGAGGCAAUUCCAAUUUCUGCUGCUGAUGAUAACGGUGAUGAAGUUGAAGAAAUGGAGGGAGAAGGAGAAGGAGAAGGAGAAGGAGACGCAGAUGAGCAUAUCAGAGGUGCCAGGACCAAACAUCUCAUGCUUAAUUUGUUUUAAGAUCCCUUAGGGGACGAUUACUUGCUUGUGUAUACGUGUGUAAUUUAGACCGGACAUAUGCAUGAUGCAUGCAACGUGGCAAAAGCAGAUACUGCCACACCUCAACUCCUAAUGACACUGGUACUAGGAAGUCUUGAGAGACUAAGUGACAAACCGCACCGUUUCAACCACCGUUGUGUUUUGGCUUGACGAGGCACAAGAGAGGCAAGAAACCUCCUUACGGCCUCGUGCUAUCUGGAGGAGUGUGUUUAUUUGUGUAAUGUAACAAUGUCAUGUAAUGUGCAGCAAGCUACCUGUGUGCUCUCUCCUGUUCUCUCCAGCGCAGUGCUAGCUGUGUUUGGCGAGUAAAAUGUAUAAUAAAACUAAUGUUUGA